CUGAUCGAAAAAAAAGGGUCGCUACGAAAUAAAGUGUGCGAGAGGGAGAGAAAAAGAAAGAAAUCGGUACGAGAACAGACACGAAUUUCCAUUCCUAUCAAAACAGAAUGUGUAUCUUGUGGAGCUUCUGGAAUCUCUUAUGUUCAGGAAAUCAAGCACUGUAACCAUUCCGAAGGAAGUAUAUUAAGUGACACCAUGGGAAGAUCUUACGUCAUUGGGGAAUACAGUGAGAAGUAUCUUAAAAGACUGAAAGCGGAAGAGCGAUAUGGAACAACUGGUAUUUUAUUAGGGCAGAUUACGCCAGUGAAAACCUACAUAGUAUUUGCUGCUCGAACCCCACUUAAAGAUCAUGCUGAACUUCCACCAGAAAAUCCCAAUGAAAUGAAUGCAAGUGACAUCGAGUGGGUGUCUGAGCAUGCUCGACAGGUUUCCAGAAUGUUACCAGGAGGGAUAUUGGUCCUUGGAGUGUUUCUUAUCAGACCUCCAAAAAUGACAAAGGAGGAAGCUCAUGAUAUUUUUCGGAAAUUAGCAACUGCAGUUGAGGCUGCUGCUGCAAAGGAAAGACUCUGGAGCUUUACUGAGGAAGAAUCAGCUGAGCGAGUUGUUCUCCAAGUCUAUGCUGAUUCAAAGAAAAUGAAGGUGCGAGCCUACGAUCUUCACAAUCCACAGACUCCUAUUAAAAUGCUAGACUGUAAAUCCAGCAGCCUCACAGCCCCCUGGCAGGUUGUGGAAGCUACCAUCAAUGUGGAAGUGUAUAUCCCUGUACCAGCAUCUGCGGAACAACAGUUUGACAAGAAUUCAUUGAAAGGUCUGAAUUCCUGGGCAAAACAAAUUAUGCUAAGCAGUUACCUGAUAAAUGGACAGUUUAAAGAACCAGACAGCCUACUAGGAGAAGGAUCGAAAAAGAAAUUACCAGCGGAAGUUCAGUUCCUGACAGCUCCUGUUCCUAUUGCCGAGGGUGAGGUUGAUGCCUUAAUUGAAGACUGUGGCAGCUCUGUUGGUGUGAAGGGAACUGUACGUUGCAGAGCUUAUCUCCAUGGCAGUAAAUCAAAAGUAAAAGAUGCCAUUCAGGCUCUAAAAAGAGAUGUGCUGAACACUGUGUAUAUCCGCUGUGAAAUGGUAUUUGAGGAUCAAAUUCUGAACAAAAAUGUUGGUGGUGAUUCUGGAAUCCUCAAAGCUCCACACAGGGUAUUUGCCUCAGUGUUGCCAUCCGGUGUUGCUUUUUGCGAUUAUGGUUUUUCAGAUGAGGGAAGUAAAGAGCUGGAAGAACGUUAUAAGGAAUUGUUGGAUUAUGAACUACACCCAGCACAGUUGGAUAGGGCAGAAGAAAUCAUGUUAGAAGAGUUGGGGACCGAAGGACUCCAAGAUAAAGAUCUGUCAAAGAGAGCAGGAGGUCAAUACGCCUCAGAAGGGUUUAAGUACAAGGACAAACGAGAACAGCCAUCUGCUCAGCCACAACAGUCCCAGGAACCAGAGGAAGUGAGAGAGCUAGAAUCCAGCACUGAUGAAGUAGCCCCAUCAUUUGAUAUGAAAUUUCGAGCCAGCUGCUCAGAUGCUUGCGCUGAUUCUGUCUUUGAAGCUUCUAUAGAUUUUGCACGUGGUGUGGCAGCAGCAGCAGGUGUAGGAGUCAUCGCAGUAGCAGUCUCUGUGAUUUAUUUUGGGAACUUCAUUGGUGAAUCAGCUUGAACACUGUAUCAGCAAUCCAACUCCUUUUUCAAGGAACACAAGAUCCAGUUCCCAUGCUUUUUUGACUGAAACUGUAUUCUCAGCUCCAUUUGAAUAAAACCAUUACACAGAGAGAGAA